UCUUUCUUUCUUUUAACUCAAAUAUAGCUUGCUACCCAAAUAGUUUUCUCAGUUGCAGUCUCACAUAAGAGCUCCCACCAAAAAAAAAAAGAAGAUCAAAUUAAAAACCAGAAUUUUGGCAAUGAAGAGAUUCCUUACAUCGGUGUCAAUUUCAGCAGCUCUGAUACUGUUACUUGUAGCUUUGUUUAGCAGCGAGAAUAAUGUAGAGGGUCGUCAGAUGGCGCCAGCUUCCAUGGAUUCAGCUUCUGGUAAAGAUAUGAGAGAUUUGCAGAUAAGCAAGGAGAUGAAGGAAAAGUCUCUAAGAGGUGAAAAAGAUAGCUUCCGAAGAAUUCCAAGGAGUGGCUCCAGCCCUAUACAGAACAAGAAAGGUCCCUUAGCAGAUAUAAGAGGAAGUAGAAAACAGCAGAUCACAACAAGAGAACCAUAGAUUUCAUUUCUUUUCUCUUGAAAUCUUUCUGAUUUCUUUUUCUUUUUGGUAGUAUAUACAGUAUUUACACUUAUUUCUGG